UAUAACUCAGUAUAACUCAGUAUAGCUCAGUAUAGACGGUAUAGUUGAGUACAGUUAGUACAACACCACAUAUUUCACUUGACUAAUUACCUCCACCACCCUCCCUAUGACCAUAUAACAUAAUGAGACGACUCAAGAUCGGUAUCCGACCUCAGUUGAUCAUCCUCGUGGGAUUCUCGUCGCUAUUUUCCCUUCUCAUCCUCGCCAUCGUCACCGGUCUCUACUUCACUUCCAACUUGAAUGACUUACGAGCUGAACGUCUUGAAGUUAUAUCUCAAUUAAAGACAGUCCAAGUUAAGCAAGCAGUCGAAUACAUAUUCUAUCAAGUGUAUUGGGUCACUACCAGAGACACCAUAUUUUCCCCCCUAUCAUCAUAUAGAGCCGGUAAUAGUUCUACAGAAAUCUUUGCGGGAGCUCAACUGGCUCUUGAUCAGUUUCUCUAUUCCCUGGAACUAUUUGCGGCCGCAAGACUCUAUAACUUAGAUCUUGAAGUUAUGGCGGAAUCCUACAAUAACAUCACGGCCAUCUCAUUACCGGCCAUGGAUGUGCUAUAUCCAUUAUCUGCCAAUGCAUCUAUUCCUGAUAGUUUACUCAAUGUUAAUUCAUCUAAUAUUCAAGCAUAUUUCACCGGUCCUAUCUCCAAUACUACCGACCCUUCUAGUGCAUACUUUAUGGGAAUAACCCUUCCUAUCUAUUCCAACUCAUCCAUUAUCCUUUCCACCCCUUCAUUACUGGGAUAUCUUACUGUUCUUGCCAGUGCUCAGAAUAUUCAAAUUGCCAUUAAUGAUACGACCGCUGGAGGCGGAGGUGCCGCCUCUACUUAUAAUGUUGUUGCGGUUAAACCCGUCUAUGGGAACCCCAUUACCGGAGUAGAUAAUAGUGGCAAUCCAUCGUCUACCAAUAGUAAGAAUCCUAUCGGAUUCCAAUCCAUCUUCCCCGUUAAGGAUAGUACGCUUACUCCCAAUACCUUCUACAACAUUAAUAGUUCUCUGGCCAUAAAGGAAUCCUUCUCCAAGACUACUGGUUCCUCUACCAAAGUCCGGUCCUUCUCCGGAGCAAACAUUGCCAUUGGAUUCACCCAAAUCCAACUCGAUCCCAAUACCAUCUGGGCCGUAGUCAUCGAACAGACUCGAUCCACAUUCCUUCAACCUGUUCAUAGUCUUACGAAGAUUAUCAUCGGAGUAGUCAUCGGUAUAGGAGUGUUUAUGUGUUUCAUUACUUUCCCUCUAGCGGUAUUUUUCAUAAGACCCAUCACUAAAUUGCGGGAAGCCACGGAAGCCAUCACCAAGUCCAAGAAGGAGUUUGAUGAACAACAACUGAAUGUGUCUACCAAACAACUCCAGACCAUUACGGCACCUCCGGCCUAUGGAUCACUCUUCUAUAAACCCAAACAGGAGUUGACGGCCGCAUCUCCACCUAAACGGUCGAGUAUCCAUUCAUCCACAUCUUCAUACUCGACGGCCAUAAGACUCCCCGGCCGCAUUCCUCAUUCGAAGAAGUUCUUUAAGGAUGAGUUUACGGAACUUUCCGACGCAUUCAAUAUCAUGACAACGGAAUUGGAUAAGCAGUAUACUCAUUUGGAGGAACGAGUCAAAUCCCGGACGAAGGAACUUGAAGCGUCCAAGAUAGAAGCCGAGUCAGCCAAUGAAGCCAAGACGGUAUUCAUUGCCAAUAUCUCUCAUGAAUUAAGAACUCCUCUUAACGGGAUCUUGGGGAUGACUUCGAUAGCCAUGGACGAAAGAGAUCCUCUGAUCAUUCAGGACUCUCUUAAACUCAUUCAUCGUUCAGGAGAGUUACUUCUACAUAUUCUUACGGAACUUCUUACCUAUUCCAAGAAUACCCUUAAUCGGUCGAGACUUGAGAAGUCCAACUUCCAGAUCUUGGAAGUGGUGUAUCAGGUGAAGUCGAUCUUUGAUAAGUUGGCUUCCGAUCAGCGGGUCAAUUUCCGCAUUCUUGUGCGUCCUAAUAUCUUUCGGAAAUUGAUUAUUUAUGGAGAUUCUAAUCGGAUUAUUCAGAUAGUCAUGAACUUGGUGCUGAACUCGCUUAAGUUUACGCCAGUCGAUGGAUCUGUUGACGUAAAUUUCAGACUCCUAGGUGAGUAUGACGCGGAGAAGUCCGCUAAGGAGGAGUAUAGACAGGUGUACACUCACCGGGAUCCACUGGACAGCUCAGGAGACGUAGCGACACUCCAUCCUCACAACAACAACCAUAACAUCACUACUGCCUCUGGCACUGGCACUGGCACUGGCACUGCCACGGCUACUGCCACGGCCGCAACCGCCAAAAAUCACAGACACUCCUCCUCCGACAACAUCAGUUUGCUCACGCUCCUGACGGCCGAGUACGAGAAUAAGAUCUUUGAGUCUCAGUUCAGUCACCACAAACCUCUUCCUCGUCUUCCUACCGACGCCAGUGGUUCUACGGUAGCCACAGCUGCCACUGCAGCCACUACUACCAGUACUGGGACUGCCAUGACUGCCAAGACUGCGGCCUCUACUGGUACUGGUACUGGUACUGGUACUGGUAAUGGUACGGCACCUCCUCCGCCGCCAGGACCUCUACCACGGCCUCAUUCCAUCACUACCUCCACCUCCCUCUCGUCGGCCAGUCUCCCUAAACACUCAACCAUUCUCUCCCCUGCUACCCGAACCUCCAGUAGCAAUAUGGCCAAUUCCGAAUUGGUUAAGAACAAUAAGGCCUUUAAGAUAAGAAGAAUAUAUAAGCCCAAGACGUGGGUUAUUCAAAUUGAGGUCACCGAUACCGGUCCCGGGAUCGAACCGGCCCUUCAAGAAAAGGUAUUUGAACCAUUUGUUCAAGGGGAUCAAACAUUAUCAAGAAGUUAUGGUGGUACCGGAUUAGGGUUAUCUAUUUGUCGACAAUUGGCAACCAUGAUGAAAGGUACGCUAACGCUCAAAUCCCGCGUAGGUGUGGGACUGACCUUUAUAUUCACAGUCCCACUCCCACAAACGGGAGAGAUUAUGGUUAAUGAUGAUGAGAUGGCCGAGUUCUGUGAGGAUGAAUUCAAUCCCUACUCCAAGACCAACCGGAAGGUGUCGUUCAAGAACCAGUUUGAUGAAGAGGUUCAUGACGAUACGCUCGAUAGUGAUAAGACGGACUAUGAGGGAGAGCCAGCGCAGGACUACGAUACUGUUGAUGACUAUGAGGCCGAGCCCCUCCUUAAGCACGAAGAGCCUGGAGCUGUCAGUGCUGCCACUACUGCAGCCACUACUGCAGCCACUACUGCUGCUGCCACUACUGCUGCUGCCACAUCCACUACCGCUACUACGGCUCCGUACCCCACCCACGAACGGUCCCACUCGUCAUCGUCGGCCCUCGACAAGCCCCUCAAGUUCGAUAGACAUGUCUUUGAAAAGCCUCUCCUCAUCACUCGCUCGUCCACAGGCACAGCCAGCUCCACUACAGCCAGCACCCUGGAUGUUCAUCAUCAUGUCUUAGACGAACUCAAUCACUUGAAGAUCUUAGUGGCCGAGGAUAACCUUGUGAACCAGGAAGUCAUUAAGAGAAUGUUAAAACUUGAAGGGUUUGAGAACGUGACACUCGCGUGCAACGGAGCCGAAGCCGUCGAAUUGGUUAAGGAAUCAUUAACUACAAAUGAUCAUUAUGAUUUGGUAUUUAUGGAUGUUCAAAUGCCGAAAGUCGAUGGACUCUUGGCCACUAAGAUGAUAAGAAAUAACUUACAUUUCACUAAUCCUAUCAUUGCGUUAACGGCCUUUGCGGAUGAAAGUAAUGUUAAGGAAUGUCUUAAUAGUGGAAUGAGUGGAUUCUUAUCUAAACCUAUUCGGAGAACUAAUUUACGAAAGAUCAUUGUUGAAUUCAGUCCGGUAUUACUCACUAAUGUAGUGACUACUCCUCAUUCUUAUCAUGGCGAAGAGAAACGCCUAGGUUAUGGUACAGGUACGACUCUGACUCCAUAAUCUUAAAUAUCUAUCUCUAUCUAUACGUUCUUUUCACUUCUAAUCUGUAUAUUCUUCAAUAAAAGUUGUACAAAAAUGCGUAGAUAUGAUACUG